UAGUCUGGAAAAUACUGUCUUUAACAUUUUUGAUUCUAUUAAAACCCUCUAACUCCCAUUCAAAUCGUAGCUAUCAUAGCAACAGUAUCAAACGCUUUCGAAAAAUAUAAAAAAGAAUAUCCCAAGUCAAGUCUAUAUAUAUUUUUUAGGACAACUGAUUAAUAGGAUUUCGCGUAAAUUUCAAGUCUCACAAUGUCGCACAGAGAAUCCAUCCUUCCAGCUCCAGAUCCACCGAGACGGAUACCCACAGGAUCAGUCUAUACGAACUGGCCAGCUGUCGGGCCGAGAACUAUCUGCUUAAGCAGAGGAUGACCGAGUGCGAGGCCACCAUGCAAAGCCUCAAGCAAAUGGUCGCCACCAUUGCGGACAAGCAACUCGAGAUCCUUGGCGAGGUGAAGGAGCUGCGCAAAAACUGUGCGCCGUCCAAGAUCCAAAUAGUGGACUCAUCGACAUCGACCGUUCACGAUGGCUGCAUGCCGGACUCUGAUUCCGACGACUGGAACUCCCAGGUCUUCUCCCCAUACUUUUCGCCGCUGGCCUCAUCCGAUCCCGAGCUUGAUCCCCCCCUGGAGCAGUAUGAUCUGGGUCGCAAUCGUGGUCCGGCAUGGAGUAUCCUGUAUUCCAUCAAGGAGGAGAAUGAGCAAGAGGAUUCUCAGGAAGAUGUAAUGAAUUAUCAAGUUGAACUGGACCAAACGGAUGCUCAGCCUGUGUCGCAGAUUUACCAGCAUCGCCUGGAGGACACCUGGGCUGACGAAAGCGACAACUAAGAGCACUCGCAGCUUUAAAUAUAUAUAAUGUACAACUAUACAAAUACAUAGUUAAUAUGAGCAGCA